UUUGUAUUAAAUUAAAUGUUGAUUGUUUGUGUUUGUGUUUGUGACCGGAGCUCGUGUGUGUUUCAGAUAAACGUGCGCGUCACCACCAUGGACGCAGAGCUGGAGUUUGCCAUUCAGCCAAACACCACCGGCAAACAGCUCUUUGACCAGGUGGUGAAGACGGUCGGGCUCAGGGAGGUCUGGUUCUUCGGGCUGCAGUACGUCGACAGUAAAGGAUACAUCACCUGGCUCAAGCUCAACAAGAAGGUGACGCAGCAGGACGUGAAGAAGGAAAACCCUCUGCAGUUCAAAUUCAGAGCAAAGUUUUUCCCCGAAGACGUUUCAGAAGAACUCAUCCAAGAAAUCACACAGAGGCUCUUCUUCCUCCAGGUGAAGGAGGCGAUUCUGAACGAUGAGAACUACUGCCCCCCGGAGACGGCCGUGCUGUUGGCGUCUUACGCCGUCCAGGCCAAAUAUGGAGACUACAGCAAAGACGUGCACAAGCCCGGAUACCUGACCCACGACCGCCUGCUCCCACAGAGAGUUCUGGAGCAGCACAAACUGACCAAAGAGCAGUGGGAGGACCGGAUACAGACCUGGCACGAAGAACACAGAGGAAUGCUCAGAGAGGACUCGAUGAUGGAGUAUCUGAAGAUCGCUCAGGACCUGGAGAUGUACGGAGUCAACUACUUCGAGAUCAAGAACAAGAAAGGAACUCAACUCUGGCUCGGAGUCGACGCGCUCGGACUAAACAUCUACGAACACGAAGACAAGUUGACGCCAAAGAUCGGUUUCCCCUGGAGCGAGAUCAGAAACAUUUCAUUUAACGACAAAAAGUUCACCAUCAAACCCAUCGACAAGAAAGCCCCGGACUUCGUGUUCUACGCUCCUCGUCUGCGCAUCAACAAACGGAUCCUGUCCCUGUGCAUGGGGAACCACGAGCUCUACAUGAGGAGGAGGAAACCAGACACCAUCGAGGUGCAGCAGAUGAAGGCCCAGGCCCGAGAGGAGAAGCACCACAAGCAGAUGGAGAGGGCUCAGCUGGAGAACGAGAAGAAGAAACGUGAACUGGCCGAGAAAGAAAAGGAGCGAAUCGAAAGAGAGAAAGAAGAACUGAUGGAACGACUGAAACAGAUCGAAGAGCAAACCAUGAAGGCCCAGAAAGAGUUGGAGGAGCAGACUCGUAAAGCUCUGGAGCUGGAGCAGGAGCGGAGGAGAGCGAGAGAAGAGGCCGAGCGUCUGGAGAGAGAAAGAAGAGCGGCCGAAGAAGCCAAAGCCGAACUCGCCAAACAGGCGGCCGACCAACAGAAGAACCAGGAGACUCUGGCGGCGGAGCUGGCAGAGUUUACAGCAAAGAUCGCGCUGCUCGAAGAUGCCAAGAAGAAGAAAGAGGACGAGGCCACGGAAUGGCAACACAAGGCCCUGUCAGCGCAGGAGGACCUGGAGAAGACGAAGGAGGAGCUGAAGACGGCCGUGGCCGUCGUACCUGCUCACACCGAGACGGAACACGACGAACAGGAUGAAAACCACGCGGAGGCGAGCGCCGAGCUGUCCAACGAAGGAGUCAGCCACGUGGACCUGAGGAGCGAAGAGGCGAGAGUGACGGAGGCUCAGAAGAACGAGAGGGUCAAGAAACAACUGCAGACGCUGAGCUCAGAAUUGGCCGAAGCUCGAGACGAAACGAAGAAAACUCAAAACGACGUCCUCCACGCGGAGAACGUGAAAGCGGGACGCGACAAAUAUAAAACGCUGAAACAGAUCAGGCAGGGCAACACCAAACAACGCAUCGACGAGUUUGAAUCCAUGUGAGACGGAUCAGGCGGGCAACAGCUAGCGUCGCAUAGAAGAAUAUAAGAGAUACGGAUCAGGCAGCAGCAGCAGCAGCAGCAGCGCAUAGAAGAAAAUAAGAGACACAAGAGACACGGAUCAGGCAACACCGAGCAGCGCGAGGAAGAAACCGCGCGACACGGAUCAGGCAGCAGCACGCAGACAAAGAGCGCCGCCAUUUUGGACACGCCCCAAAUGCCGCCAUUUUGUAACUCUCCAAAACUCACCCAAGACCCUAAAACGUUUAACGGGGACCGGACCCGAGGGGGAGGGGGACCGGACCCGGAGGGGGAGGGGGACCGGACCCGAGGGG